ACCAUGGAGAUUGAAUAUCAUCGAAAAAUUAAUACAUACAAAACUUUAUUUUUCUCUUUUAUUUGAAAUAUGAAAGAAUAGAUAAAUUAAUUUGUAUUUCCAUUCAUUUCAACUAUAUAAUAAAAUUAAACAAUAUUAAAAAAGAAAUUCAUGAAAAAUUUGUGGGAUAAACUACAAUGAAUUGUUAAUGAAUAAAGCUAAAAUGCUAAAUACGUAUUAUUUCAUAGAACUCAAGAAUAACAUGUUAAACCGGUUUCUGUCUCCUUUUACUUUUUCUAAUUAGUUAUUUAUUCGAUUCUUAAUGCAUUGAAAUUGUAUAUUAGAUUUAUGCAAAAUGUAUCGAGUAUUCAAUAGAACUAUAAAAGAUCGUACUAUUAAAAGAAUUCAAUCUGCUAAUGCGAGUUCCUUGGUAACGUUCAUAAAACCAGAAUUAGAAGCUAUAAAAGCAGCUGGUACUUGGAAAAAGGAAAGGAUAAUUGUAUCGCCUCAAAGAACAAGGAUUGUAUUAAAUGAUGGAACAAAAGUCUUAAAUUUUUGUGCGAAUGAUUACCUAGGUUUGGCGGAUAACAAGGAAAUCAUUGCCUCAGCUAAGGCUGCUUUGGAUAAAUAUGGAGCUGGUUUGAGUUCUGUUAGAUUCAUAUGCGGUACGCAAGAGAUACAUAUUGAAUUAGAAAAAAAGAUAGCGGCUUUCCACGGCAAAGAAGCUGCGAUUCUUUAUGCAUCUUGUUUUGACGCGAAUGCUGGUCUCUUCGAAGCUUUACUUAAACCAGAAGAUGCAGUGUUCAGUGACGAACUCAAUCAUGCCUCGAUCAUCGAUGGGAUUCGAUUAUGCAAGGCUAAAAAAUACAGAUAUAAGCAUAGAGAUAUGGCCGACUUAGAAAGACAGCUCAAGGAAAGUUCCACGUCAGGUUUACGAGUUAUCGCGACCGAUGGAAUCUUUUCGAUGGAUGGUACCAUUGCCCCAUUACCAGAUAUAAUCGAACUUGCAAAAAAAUAUAAUGCUGUUACAUUUGUGGAUGAUUGUCAUGCAACUGGACUUUUUGGAAAAACUGGUAGAGGGACUGAGGAAUAUUUCAACCAUGUAGGUAGUAUAGAUAUUAUUAAUUCUACUUUAGGAAAAGCUUUAGGAGGAGCAUCAGGUGGUUACACAGUCAGUAAGAAAGAACUGAUUGAUUUGCUGAAACAACGCAGUAGACCAUAUCUGUUUUCAAACUCUUUGCCGCCAUCUGUUAUAGCAACAGCUAAUAAAGCGAUGGAUCUGAUAACAUCUAAUACAAUAUUUUUAGAUAAUUUAGUAAGAAAUACAGAACAUUUUAGAAAGUCAAUGAUUGCUGCUGGAUUUACAAUCAAUGGUAAUAACCACCCUAUAUGUCCAAUUAUGUUAGGAGAUGCAAAAUUAGCUUCAACUUUUGCUGAUGAAAUGAUCAGAAAAGAAAUUUAUGUCAUUGGCUUCAGUUAUCCUGUUGUACCAAAAGGAAAAGCAAGAAUAAGAGUUCAAAUCAGUGCAGCACAUACAAAGGAAGAUAUAAAUAAAGCUGUAACUGCAUUUAUAAAUAUUGGAAAAAAAUUAUCAGUCAUAUAAGAAUAAUAAUUUGUUGUUUUAAUAUAAAAGAAUAUUCAAUAAAUAUUUCUAAUUGAAAAUAACAUUACAUACAAUUUCUGUCAUUGUACACCAUACAUAGUUAAAAUAAGAAAAUAACACUGUUGUUUUAUUAUAAAAAUAUAAAAUCAACAGAAAAAAAAACACAAAAUAAAAAUCGAAAUUGAUUAUCAGACGUAAUAAUACAAUAUAAAAAAGCACAUGCAUAUACCAUGUUCUAUGUAACUAAUAUCUUUUAAAUGGAUAUUUUUCGACGCACUAUCGACUAUUUUUGUGAAGUGUUUUGAAUAUAUCAUUCACGAUAUUCGAAGCUUAUUCAAACUAUUCGUCUUACGAACUAUAUAUUUGCAAUCAAUGCAUUAUUUUUUAAGAAAUAAAUAUUCGUAAAAUACACUUCACAAAAAUAAUAGAGAAAGCACAAACGGUAUUGCACAUUUAUUACCUAUUACAUUUAGACGUUGGAUUUAUUUGUACGUUACUUACAAUUAGGAUUACAAAAAUGAAUUUAUCAGAUUAUUAUAAUAUAGAAUAAUGGAAGUAGAAAUAAAUUUGUAUAGACAUUUAUGCAUUAUGAGAACUGAAUUGUCAACUUAUCUGAUUAUAUGUCUGAUUACAU